GGCGGCUGGGCCUUUUCAGCCCGCCGCCCCGCCUCUCCCGUCCGGCCGCCGCCACCGCCGCCUGGGGCUUGGUUGAGGCGGACGGUGGGGUCCAGCCGGAGUGUGGCGCCGCCUCUGCGCGCAGGGGGAAGCAGGCAGUCAGAAAAUGGGUAAGAAGAGUCGAGUAAAAACUCAGAAAUCAGGCACUGGUGCUACAGCGACUGUGUCCCCGAAGGAAAUCUUGAGCCUGACUAGUGAACUGUUGCAGAAAUGCAGUAGCCCAGCACCUGGCCCAGGAAAAGAAUGGGAAGAGUACGUGCAGAUCCGGGCUCUAGUUGAGAAGAUACGGAAAAAGCAAAAAGGUCUCUCUGUUACUUUUGAUGGAAAAAGAGAAGAUUAUUUUCCUGAUCUAAUGAAAUGGGCCUCAGAAAAUGGAGCUUCAGUUGAGGGAUUUGAAAUGGCUAACUUCAAAGAAGAGGGCUUUGGUUUAAGAGCAACAAGAGAUAUCAAGGCAGAAGAAUUAUUUUUAUGGGUUCCACGAAAAUUACUAAUGACUGUUGAAUCUGCUAAAAAUUCAGUGUUGGGGCCCUUAUAUUCUCAAGACCGAAUUCUUCAAGCCAUGGGAAAUAUCACACUGGCCUUUCAUCUGCUGUGUGAGCGCGCCACCCCUAACUCUUUCUGGCAGCCCUACAUUCAGACCCUCCCCAGUGAAUACGAUACCCCUCUCUACUUUGAAGAAGACGAAGUUCGGUAUCUUCAGUCGACACAAGCUGUACAUGAUGUCUUCAGCCAAUAUAAAAACACAGCUCGACAGUAUGCCUAUUUCUAUAAAGUCAUCCAGACCCACCCUCAUGCCAACAAACUGCCCCUGAAGGAUUCUUUCACUUAUGAGGACUACAGGUGGGCAGUCUCUUCUGUUAUGACGCGACAAAACCAGAUCCCCACAGAGGACGGCUCCCGGGUGACCCUGGCGCUGAUUCCCCUAUGGGACAUGUGCAACCACACCAGCGGACUGGUCACCACCGGCUACAACCUGGAGGACGACCGCUGUGAGUGUGUGGCUCUGCAGGACUUCAGGGCCGGCGAGCAGAUUUACAUUUUUUAUGGCACUCGGUCAAAUGCAGAGUUCGUGAUCCACAGUGGUUUUUUCUUUGACAAUAAUUCGCACGACAGAGUGAAAAUAAAGCUUGGAGUGAGUAAAAGCGACAGGCUGUACGCCAUGAAGGCCGAGGUCUUGGCUCGCGCUGGCAUCCCCACUUCCAGUGUCUUCGCGUUGCAUUUCACUGAGCCGCCCGUCUCCGCCCAGCUCCUGGCUUUCCUCCGGGUCUUCUGCAUGACCGAAGAAGAAUUGAAAGAACAUUUGCUGGGAGAAAAUGCUAUCGAUAGAAUCUUCACCUUGGGUAACUCUGAAUUUCCGGUUAGCUGGGACAAUGAAGUCAAACUUUGGACAUUUCUUGAAGACAGAGCAUCGCUUCUUUUAAAAACAUAUAAAACGACUAUUGAGGAAGAUAAGUCCUUCUUGAAAAACCACGACCUUUCCGUUCGUGCAACCAUGGCCAUCAAAUUGCGCCUGGGUGAAAAGGAGAUUCUGGAGAAAGCAGUCAAGGGUGCGGUUGUCAACCGAGAAUACUUCCGCAGACAGAUGGCGGAGAAGGCCCCGCUCCCCAGGUACGAAGAAAGUAACCUUGGGCUGCUGGAGAGCGGCGUGGCGGACUCGAGGCUGCCCCUCGUGCUGAGAACGCUGGAGGAGGAGGCCGGCCUGCAGGAGGCCCUCGCGGUCCCGGACUCGGCCACGGAAAACGGGCUCCUGAACGGUGGACGCUCUACCCCCAAUGGGAUCAGGUCAGGAGAGGAAAACUUGAAACAGGAAGAAAGUAACAGAGUGAUUGGAGAUGCCAAAGAAUCUUCAGACAGCGCUGGGGAGGCUAAGGAGUAGCUCUGAGAUGAAGCCCGAUCUGCUGGGAAAUUCACUUUAGCAAAAGUUUAUGAACAGUCCAUUUACAUCGCUGUGUUUCCUUGUUAACAUUUUUCUUUCUGCAGAGAGGAAGACAUGUUUUUGCUGCUUUAUAUAAAAAUGAUUUUUUUAAGUUAUUUAAAAAAUCUAGCUUCCCUUUUCGGUUAAGAUUGCCAUCUUGCUUCUAGGCAAAACAUACAAGUUCAACACCACCACCACCACCAGAGGGGGAAGAGCUGCCUUUGGAAGAUUUUGCAGUCCCAUUGUGGGCACAUGUGUUUUCUUCUGGGGAAGAAUUCAGUUGCUCUGUCAGCUGUGCUUUUGUUGGCCUGUCAUUUUGACGACCAGAAUUAAAGCUUGCUCUGCCUCCUGCCCACAAGAGUUGGUGGCAGGACUCUGGGAAUUCAGCGUGAAGGUGGGGAAGUUGCACAGCAGAAAAUGGGAUUGGGCUAGAAAACCUUAGAGUCCGGGCAAAAUAUUUUAUUUUUAGUUUUUCCCUUAAAAAAAAUAACACCCUAGUACCAAAAGAAAGUUAAGGUGGCAACCUUAUUUUUAAUAGUUUUAAAUAUUGAUGAUAAUCCUAAUUAUAUAAAUAUAUGUAUACACACAUAUACUUAGUGAUUUCUAAAGAUUUGUUUACAUUUUGUGUUUUAUUUUACUGUAUUAAGAACUUGUCCUUUCUCCUCAAAUCAAAGUAGAACACUGCAUCAUCCUCCUAAUUUUAAAUGUUGGCUCUAAUUUUAAAGUGGUGCAUUUGAUUUCCACCGUUGGUAACGCAGACUUUGAAAACAAACGUGUGACCCACAGCUUUACGUGGUGGUGUUCAAAGUGAGGGGCUUCCUGGCUUUUCUGGUUUUCACAACAAGCUAGAGAUUUUCAAAGCUACACUUUUGAUUAAAAACCCUUAUUAAAAGGAAAACGUGAUUAAUA